AUGGAAGGUUGGAGUGAAGUGGUACGAAUACCUUUAACAGAUACUCCACCAGAUGAUCCAAAUAAUCCUUCACCAUCAACAUCAGCAUCAAACUCAUCUCCAUCUCAAAUAUCAUCUAUAACUUUCGAUCAUGUUUAUAAUCUUUUAUGGUAUGGAAGUUUCCAAGGGUUUACGCGAUCAUUCACAACUCUUUCGGCAUCAAAUUCAAUUAAUCCUUAUCAACAAUCAUUCCAAUUAAUCCCUUAUACUAGUUUCAGAACAAGCUUAUAUAAGAAUAAAGUCCUCAAAAAUCUAACUCAUCGUGAUGGGAUCUUGUUCUUACUGACGAAUUGUAUCAAUUUUAAUGAUAGAAGAGGGUUAACGAGAUUUUCAAUGUCAAAUCAUGAUAAUGACUUAAUAAAUUCUUUAACUUCAUUAACCACAAAUUGUAAUUCUAUAAAUGAAGUGGUAAUCGGGGGAGAAAAAUCAUUAUUCAAAUUCGAUAUUAAUAAACCUAAUAAUAUCACUACUUUUAAUCAUGAUGGGAAUAUAACAUCUAUAAAUCAUUUAUCUAAAUUUCUUAUCCUUGGGAAGAGCAACGGUACUAUAGAAUUGUUUGAUCCAAUAGGUAAUGUUUCCAUUAAAGAAUUUCAAGCUCAUACCGGUGUCAUAUUUGAUUUUGAUGUGCAUGAUAAUUUAAUCGCAACUUGUGGUGCAUCUAUAAGAGCAAGAAGAUAUUAUCAUAAUCAUCAUGGUCAUCAUGGUCAAAAUUCAGGAGUUAAUUCAGAAUUAACGUUAGAUCCAUUAGUUAAUUUAUUCGAUAUAAGAACUAAGAAAUCAUUAGCUCCCAUCCCAUUCCCAGCUGGUGCUUCAGCAGUUAAAUUCGUUCCCAAAUUAUCUAACACCGCCGUUAUCGCAUCAAAUUCAGGUCAAUUACAAUUCGUUGAUGUAUUCGAUCAUACUCAUAGUACUAUUUAUCAAGCCGAUCUUUUACCAUCAUCUCAAUUACAACCUGCUUCUCAUCAUCAAUUCAAAUCUCCCUUAUUACAAAAUCUUGAAGUAAGUGAUAAUGGAGAUUAUUUAGCAUUUAAUGAUAGUUAUUCAUAUUUACAUAUUUGGUCGUUGAACAAUUCGUUAUCGAUGAAUAAAGCUUUCGUAUCAUAUCCUCAACCUUUGGAACAGCCAGAUAUAAUCAUGCCUCCUAUGGAUGGACCAUUUGGUAUUGAUGAUAAUGUCCCAUUAUCAAUCAUUGGUAUGCCUUAUUAUAAAGAACAAUUAUUAUCUGCUUUUCCUUAUGAAUUGACGUUUACUAAAGAAUUAGCAAGAAUCCCCAAUAAGAUAGAUCAUGAUUUAUUAAUGGAAAGUGAAAAGACAAAGGGUUUCAUUCCUUAUGAUAAAGUUAAAUAUGGUCCUCGGAAUAUUUAUAAAAAAUAUCAAUCAUUAAAGGAUUCAUCUAAUAAUUCACAUGAUGGAAAGAUUGUACCUAAAUUUAUAAGUGAAAGAGCAUCAACUAAUUCUAAGACUUUAAGAAAAACAGAUUCAAGUACUUCUAUUGACUCUGAAGCUGUUUCUAAUUCAUCUGAAGAUGAUAGUAUUUUCCAAUAUAAAUCAUCCCCAGCUAAUAAAAUUCCUAAUUGUUAUUCUAUUCUUCAAAUUAAAUAUUCCAAAUUUGGAGUAAGAGAUUUUGAUUUUAGUUUUUAUAAUAAGACAGAACAUUGUGGUUUAGAAAAUCAUAUUAAUAAUUCGUAUGUGAAUUCUUUAUUACAAUUAUAUCGUUUCCAACCUGAAUUCCAUUAUUUGAUCCUUAAUAAUUUAUUACAAGAAUGGUUACCAAAUGAUUUCAACACUAUAUUAAAUGAUAAUAAUCCUCAAGGUUCAUCAAUCUUGAAUGAAUUAGGAUAUCUUUUUGAUAUGAUGGAGAAGGCAAAGGGCAAUAACGUUAAUAUAUCGAAUUUGUCUCAAGUUUUACUGAUUAAUAAAGAUGCAAAUUUAAGAGGAUUAAUUAAUGUCAAUGAAUGUGAGAAUCUUGAUUCAAAGGGAUUAAGGAAUAUAUUAGUUGAUUUUAAUAAUUUCUUAAUAAAUCAAUUAAAUCAAGAUUUCUUAAAUCAAACUGGUAAAAACCCCUUAGCUGAUUUAAUGGGAAUUACCUUUGAAAUCCAAGUCAAGAGUACGAGUAAAGCAUGUCAAGUUAAUGAAAAAUCAAGAGGGUCAAUGUUUGCUCUUGAUUUAGUUACUCCUCCAAGUAAUGCUUUGAAUAAAUUAAGUAUAUUAAUCAAUCCAAAUUGGAGUAAUCAACAACCACAACCUGCCAAUCCUAAUACAGCUAGGAAAAAUGUUACAUUGGUGACAUAUCUUGAAUAUUCCGUCAAUCAAUUCAAAACCAUCCCAUGUCAACAACCUCAUCCUCAUCAAUUUCCUCAUAAUUUAGAAAUUCGUAAAUCAAUCUUAUCAUUCCCAUCGUUAUUAUCGAUCAAUGUGAAUUUAUCUUCGGAAGAGUAUAAAUUGAUUAAUAGUUUCAAACAAUGGUUGAUUCCUGAAUUUUACGUGUUCAAUAAUAAUAAUCCAAAUUUGGAUACUCCAUUAGCAUUUAAACAAUCAGUCACUCAAUUUGAUAAUGCAAAAGAUUAUUUGAAAUAUGAUUUGGUAGGUUAUGUAUGUGAGAUAAAUCAUCAAUCAGAAGUAGCUACUGGAUUCCAUAAUUUAGUUACAUUCAUUAAAACGAAUGGUAAAUGGUAUUUAUUCAAUGAUUUCUUAGUUAUGCCUAUUCCUGAAUCGGAAGUGUUUGAUUUAUCAUCGAAUUGGAAAAAACCAAUCAUGUUGCUUUAUAAUUCAUCGGAGAUUGCAUCUAAUAAAUUUGAAUAUUUCCAUACUGAAACAUUUUCAAAGAUCCCUUCUUUAAAUUCUACAAUCUUAUAUAGAGAUCAUUUUGCAGGAACUAUCAGAGAAGGAUAUAAGAAAGAAUAUGAAUUAUUAACACAAUCAGAUGCUCCUCAAUUCGGUUCUUUAGUUGCCAUUGAUGCUGAAUUUGUUAAUUUAAGACCCGAUGAAGUAGAAAUUAGAUAUAAUGGGGAUAAGAAAUUAAUCAAGCCUAAAUUCUUAUCAUUAGCUCGUUUAUCAGUUAUAAGAGGUGAAGACGGUCCAUUAUUCGGUAAGGCCUUCAUUGAUGAUUAUAUUGUUCAUACUAGUGAAAUUUAUGAUUAUUUAACUAAUUUUUCAGGUAUAGAACCAGGAGAUUUGGAUCCUAUUAAAUCAGAAAAGAAUCUUGUUACUUUACAAACUACAUAUAGAAAAUUAUGGUUAUUAUUAAACAUGGGAGUUGUAUUUGUGGGUCAUGGGUUAUAUAAUGAUUUUAGAGGGAUUAAUAUUCAAGUACCUCGAGAACAAAUUAGAGAUACCAAUGAAUUUUUUUAUAAAAGCAGCUAUAAAAGACAAUUAAGUUUAAAAUUCUUGGCAUAUGUAUGUUUGAAAGAAAAAGUCCAAACUGGGAAUCAUGAUUCUAUUGAAGAUGCUUAUACCGCGUUAUUGUUAUAUAGAAAAUAUCUUGAUUUGGUUGCAAGAGGUGAAUUUGAAGAUGCCUUACAUAAUAUUUAUAUAGAAGGUACUUCUUUAAGAUUUAAAGUACCAGAAUGA